UGGUGGUCAAUAGCAGUUUGUCUCUGGACUAUUAUAACUAAUGCUAUGUUUGCUUAACAGUGUGGUGGACCCUCAAAUGAUGAACUACUGUGUGGUGGUCAAUAGCAGUUUGUCUCUGGACUAUUAUAACUAAUGCUAUGUUUGCUUAACAGUGUGGUGGACCCUCAAAUGAUGAACUACUGUGUGGUGGUCAAUAGCAGUUUGUCUCUGGACUAUUAUAACUAAUGCUAUGUUUGCUUAACAGUGUGGUGGACCCUCAAAUGAUGAACUACUGUGUGGUGGUCAAUAGCAGUUUGUCUCUGGACUAUUAUAACUAAUGCUAUGUUUGCUUAACAGUGUGGUGGACCCUCAAAUGAUGAACUACUGUGUGGUGGUCAAUAGCAGUUUGUCUCUGGACUAUUAUAACUAAUGCUAUGUUUGCUUAACAGUGUGGUGGACCCUCAAAUGAUGAACUACUGUGUGGUGGUCAAUAGCAGUUUGUCUCUGGACUAUUAUAACUAAUGCUAUGUUUGCUUAACAGUGUGGUGGACCCUCAAAUGAUGAACUACUGUGUGGUGGUCAAUAGCAGUUUGUCUCUGGACUAUUAUAACUAAUGCUAUGUUUGCUUAACAGUGUGGUGGACCCUCAAAUGAUGAACUACUGUGUGGUGGUCAGCUCCAAACGUAACUACUCUAGUCUGUGUGAAGCCUACUCCGACCCGGGCAUGAGCAAGUUCGAGAACAGACAAUACAAGAAAGGUGACAACACCAAGGCUCAAGGGAAAAGUAAAGUUUUGGGUCCUCCGCUUAGGAAGGAUGACGUGUUUAUUACCUGUGUGGGAGCCGGACUCAGCUACACCAUCAGUAACUUGGAGAAAGGGAGAGAGUACUUCUUCAACAUCUUUGCCCAAAAUCGACACACAAAUCUAAGUUUUCUGUAUGGAAGCAAAUAUCUAAGAUACAACCCUAAACUGAGGCCAAUUGGCUUGAAAGAUAACAAGCCAAAGACAGUGAACAUUAGACAAUUGGGAGGAAGAGUUCUAUUUAGAUACAAGGUAGGUGUAAAAAUGGCACACACGUACAACUCCACUCUCAGCUGGCACGUCAUGCCAUGUGGUAGUGCCGUAACAGUGGAGCUGCGCCUGCGCCGCGUGGUGGUGGUGCCACGCCAGGUGGUCGAAGGCCAUCGCUACUUACAAGUGCCCCAUCCACAACCUGGCAACAGAUAUACUCUCCUGGUGUACGUAGCCAAUCCGCGUGACCUAAGGCAGAUCUUGGGAGUCGAGGUGUUGGCGACAAUGAGGACAUCUCCACUGCCGCAGUUGCCCCCUGAGGUGACAGUCCACGAGUACGAGAGUCUAAGAACCUGUGACUCGGUGACUGUGGGGUGGGUGCCGACUCGUAGCCAGUUCGUCCGCUACUGCGUGUCAGCGUCACGUGUCUCCUUCACCGAGUCCCAGGGCCACUUCUGGCCACAGCCCAAUCAGUGCAACCUCGACAACAGGCUGCGCAGCCAACUGGACUUCACCGUCAAACAGUGCCAGGAUUUCACCGCCAAUGACAACACGAAUGUUCUGGUGCAGACGAUAACGAAGUUACGUCCUGGAAAAGAGUACCUUAUUCAAGUAACCGUAAAGAAGAUUAAGGGAAAAGCACUGUCUUAUGACCUGCUGAGGGUCAGAACGAAGUCAAAGUGUAAAGGUUGAGAAGGAAGAAUUAUGUGUUAAAGAGGUUUCUCUGUUGUAUAAUAUUAAUUAAGAUUUGUAUGUAUUUUUAUUAUCUAUUAGAUAUGUUGUUAUUUAUUGAACAAGCAGUGCCAAGACAUUUGUUACGAGUGAACGUAAUGUAAGACCUAUUAUAGUUAGGUAUGAGUAAAUAUAAUAUUUUUUUACUUUAUA